AUGCCACCGCAGCACCGUGACGACAUUUCCUUUGCUUUUUGCAACUCCGCAUACCCAACUCCGUACGGCGACAACACAAUCCCAGGCAAUCAUCCAGGCGUUUCCUACAAGCACUUGGGGAGACAGUAUGCACCACAACCAAUCAACAAGAGUUCACUCACGACAGCUCUUCAAGUGCCGGGGUGUGGGUUGGGCCGUCACGGGCCCGUUUUACCUGCAGACAUCAACAAUCAUGUUCGGUACACGCUGCUCCAACGGGACAAUCACAAUAGCAACUACGUGUUGGACUCCGAACGAGGAGGCAAAAGACAUUUUGAGGAGGAACGUGCGGCUGAGAAACCCUGGUUACCGUCGCUGCGCCAAUUGGGCCCACCGACGUCUGUGGCUUCUUUGCGUGCUCCGCAGCGUCGGGCCUUGGGCGUAUAUAAUCACUUGGUUCCUGGUACUGAGCUGAGGGCUAUGAUGGAGCGGCGUGAUCGCGAGGCCGCCAGGGAACGAACCGGGAGGGCGCAUGUCUGUGGUGUGCCCGACCAUCACCCAAUAGACUUGGGCCUUUGCCACUUGCUUAGCGGCAGUACACCCCCUUCCAUACACGGCGACGCCGCGGCUGCCCCAGCUGCUGCCCCUAAAGUCGAGGUUCCUUCCGGCUCCGCCUCGCGACCUGCGGAGGAGACGAAAUCUCCUCUUGAGGGACCUCUCCCGGUUGAGCCCUCGCGUUUGCCUUUUCUAACGUUCUCCUCGCCGUCCACGGAUGAGACACGGAUGCGUGGUGUAUAUAUGGGAAGGUGCCGUCCACCUAUUAGCGUCCCGGAUUUAGAGAAGGGGUCUAAGUUUGCUGAAAGGCAUCGGAAGGCAGAAGCAGCCCAAGCUCGGCUGGAGGACAUCCGCCUUGUGCAACUGCUACCCAAGCUUUAA